CGGGGGCCCCCGCCCCCCGGCCCCCCAUUCAAGAAGCGGCUCGGCUAACUCGGCCAGCACAGGGCGCCCGGCGCGCCUCGGAGCGCACGUUCCGCGCCUUCUCCCGUCCGCAGUCUGGACAUUAUGCGGCCGAGCAGCCGAGCCCCAGUCCUCCGCCUCCUUCUCCUCCUCCUGCGGCCCGAGCGGCUCAGCUCACGGCAGGCGGCAGCGUUGCUCAGUCAAGCGCAGACGGGACCCUCUCUGCAGGAACUCAGCGACUCCUAAAAGUCAAAAAGUUGGCGGCAGGGCGCCGGGGUUCCGCGCGCUCUCUACUGCCGCUGCCUCGCGCAGCUACCAGCCACUACUAAAGCCGGCAGGAGGGAGGGGGGGUGGGAGAAGCGGGGGGAGGGGUGAGGAGCACCAUGCAGUUAGUAUCCUGGGCCACACUGCUAAUGCUCCUGGUGUCCGACCUGGCUGAGAUGAGGAGCCCUGACGCCGCGGCGGCCGUGCGCAAGGACAGGCUGCACCCGAGGCAAGUGAAAUUAUUAGAGACUCUGAGCGAAUAUGAGAUCGCGUCUCCCGUCCGAGUGAACACCCUCGGGGAACCCAUUCCCACGAACGUGCACUUCAAAAGAAGGCGACGAAGCAUUAACUCUGCCUCUGACCCCUGGCCUGCCUUCGCCUCCUCCUCUACCUCUUCCCAGGCGCAUUACCGCCUCUCAGCCUUCGGCCUCGAGUUUCUAUUUAAUCUCACCGCUCACACCGGAUUUAUCGCCCCAACGUUCACUGUCACCCUCCUCGGAGAGCCAGGGGUGAACCAGACCAAGCUUUAUUCCGAGGAGGAAAUGGAACUUAGGCACUGUUUCUACAAAGGCCAUGUCAACACCAAGUCCGAGCACACUGCGGUCAUCAGCCUGUGCUCCGGCAUGAUGGGCAUGUUCCGGUCCCACGAUGGAGAUUAUUUCAUUGAACCAUUGCUAUCAUUGGAUGAGCAAGAGGAUGAAGAGGAACAAAACAAACCCCACAUUAUUUAUAGGCGCAGCACCCCUCAGAGGGAACCCUCAACAAGAAAACAUGCCUGUGACACCUCAGAACUCAAAAAUAGUCAUAGUAAAGACAAGCACAAAAGCAGAAUGCGAAAACGGAGGAAGAGGAAUAGCCUGGCCGACGAUGUGGCUCUGUUAAAGAGAGGCUUGGCAACAAAGGUGUUCUCCGGUUAUAGCAACAAGACAAAUGGCACAAGGGACAGGAGGAACCACAAAAGGACCAAACGCUUUCUGUCCUAUCCACGGUUUGUAGAAGUGAUGGUGGUAGCUGACCACAGAAUGGUUUUAUACCAUGGACCAAACCUUCAACAUUACAUUUUAACGUUAAUGUCAAUUGUAGCUUCUAUCUAUAAAGACUCAAGUAUUGGAAAUUUAAUUAAUAUUGUUAUUGUGAACUUAGUUGUGAUUCAUAAUGAACAGGAAGGACCUUCCAUAAAUUUCAAUGCCCAGACAACACUAAAAAACUUUUGCCAGUGGCAGCAUUCCAAGAACCACCUAGGUGACAUACAGCACGACACCGCCGUCCUGGUCACAAGGGAGGAUAUCUGCAGAGCUCAGGACAAAUGCGACACCUUAGGCCUUGCUGAGUUGGGUACCAUUUGUGACCCCUACAGAAGCUGUUCCAUUAGUGAAGACAGUGGGUUGAGCACAGCUUUCACAAUAGCCCAUGAGCUGGGCCAUGUGUUUAAUAUGCCUCAUGAUGACAGCAAUAAAUGCAAAGAAGAAGGCAUUAAGAGCCCCCAGCAUGUCAUGGCACCAACCCUGAAUUUCUACACCAACCCGUGGAUGUGGUCAAAGUGCAGCCGAAAAUACAUUACUGAGUUCCUAGACACCGGGUAUGGCGAGUGUUUGUUGAAUGAACCUGAAUCCAGAACGUAUCCUUUGCCUUCUCAACUGCCAGGCCUCCUCUAUGACGUGAAUAAACAAUGUGAAUUGAUUUUUGGGCCAGGUUCUCAGGUGUGCCCAUAUAUGAUGCAGUGCAGACGGCUCUGGUGCAAUAAUGUGGAUGGAGCACACAAAGGCUGCAGGACUCAGCACACGCCCUGGGCUGACGGAACGGAGUGUGAGCCUGGAAAGCACUGCAAGUUUGGAUUUUGUGUUCCCAAAGAAAUGGAGGCCCCCGCGACUGACGGAUCCUGGGGAAGUUGGAGCCACUUUGGAACCUGCUCUAGAACAUGUGGAGGAGGCAUCAAAACAGCCAUCAGAGAGUGCAACCGACCAGAGCCGAAAAAUGGUGGGAAGUACUGUGUAGGGAGGAGAAUGAAGUUCAAAUCCUGCAACACCGAGCCGUGCCUGAAGCAGAGGCGAGACUUCCGUGAGGAGCAGUGUGCUCACUUUGAUGGCAAGCACUUUAACAUCAAUGGCCUGCUGCCCAGCGUGCGCUGGGUCCCCAAGUACAGCGGAAUUUUGAUGAAGGACCGAUGCAAGCUGUUCUGCAGAGUGGCGGGAAACACGGCCUACUACCAGCUCAGGGACAGAGUGAUCGAUGGAACCCCCUGUGGCCAGGACACAAAUGACAUCUGUGUCCAAGGCCUUUGCCGGCAAGCUGGAUGUGAUCAUAUUUUAAACUCAAAAGCCCGGAAAGAUAAAUGUGGGAUUUGUGGUGGCGAUAAUUCUUCAUGCAAAACAGUGGCAGGAACAUUUAACACAGUCCAUUAUGGUUACAAUACCGUUGUCCGAAUUCCAGCUGGUGCUACCAGCCUUGACGUGAGGCAGCACAGCUUCUCAGGGAAAUCUGAGGAUGACAACUACUUAGCUUUGUCAAAUAGUAAAGGUGAGUUCCUGCUCAAUGGGGACUUUGUCGUCUCGAUGUCCAAAAGGGAGGUCCGCGUGGGGAGCGCUGUGAUUGAGUACAGCGGGUCCGACAACGUGGUGGAAAGGCUGAACUGCACGGACCGCAUCGAGGAAGAACUUCUCCUCCAGGUGCUGUCCGUGGGAAAGCUGUACAACCCUGAUGUGCGGUACUCAUUCAAUAUUCCAAUUGAGGACAAACCUCAACAGUUUUACUGGAACAGCCAUGGGCCAUGGCAAGCAUGCAGCAAGCCCUGCCAAGGGGAGCGGAGACGAAAACUUGUCUGCACCAGGGAGUCUGACCAGCUGACCGUUUCUGAUCAAAGAUGUGACCGCCUGCCCCAGCCAGGACCCGUCACUGAAGCGUGCGGCACAGACUGCGACUUGAGGUGGCACGUUGCCAGCAAGAGUGAAUGCAGUGCCCAGUGUGGUUUGGGUUACCGCACUUUGGACAUCUACUGCGCCAAGUACAGCAGGCUGGACGGGAGGACGGAGAAGGUGGAUGACGGUUUUUGUAGCGGCCAGCCCAGACCAAGCAACCAGGAAAAAUGUUCAGGAGAAUGCAACACGGGUGGAUGGCGUUAUUCAGCGUGGACUGAGUGUUCUAAAAGCUGUGAUGGUGGUACCCAGAGAAGAAGAGCUAUUUGUGUCAACACCCGAAAUGAUGUCCUGGAUGACAGCAAAUGCGCCCAUCAGGAGAAAGUCACAGUGCAGAGAUGCAAUGAGUUCUCGUGUCCGCACUGGAAAUCAGGAGAGUGGUCAGAGUGCCUGGUCACCUGUGGAAAAGGACAUAAGCACCGCCAGGUCUGGUGUCAGUUUGGCGAAGAUCGAUUAAGUGAUAGAAUGUGUGACCCUGAGGUCAAGCCUGAGUCCAUGCAGACGUGUCGGCAGCCAGAGUGUGCAGCCUGGCAGGCGGGUCCCUGGGGACAGUGCAGCGUCACUUGUGGACAGGGGUACCAGCUAAGGGCAGUGAAGUGCAUCAUUGGGACUUACAUGUCGGUGGUGGAUGACAGUGAUUGCAACGCAGCCACUAGGCCAACCGACACACAGGACUGUGAAUUAUCAUCAUGUCACCCUCUCCAACUGGGCCUGGAACCAAGGAGAACUGCCCACAGUGUGCCCAGAACCCAGUGGCGAUUUGGGUCUUGGACUCCAUGCUCAGCCACUUGUGGGAAAGGUACCCGGAUGAGAUAUGUCAGUUGUCGGGAUGAAGACGGUUCUGUGGCGGAUGAGAGUGCCUGCACUAACUUGCCUAAACCAGUAGCCAAAGAAGAGUGUUCUGUGACACCCUGCGGACAGUGGAAGGCUCUAGACUGGAGCUCUUGUUCCGUGACUUGCGGGCACGGUAAGGCAACCCGGCAGGUGGUGUGUGUCAACUACAGCGACCAGGUGAUCGACCGCAGCGAGUGUGACCCAGAUUAUGUCCCAGAGACCGAACAGGACUGUUCCAUGUCACCGUGCCCUCAGCGGAUCCCAAGCACUGGCUUGGCUCACCCAUUUCAAAUCGAGGCCUUCCGUCCCAGGAGUGACAGCCCCAGUCGCACCCACGUGCUCGGAGGAAACCAGUGGAGAACUGGCCCUUGGGGAGCUUGUUCUAGUACCUGUGCCGGAGGCUCCCAGAGGAGAGUUGUGGUGUGUCAGGAUGAAAACGGAUACACUGCCAACGACUGUGUGGAGAGAAUCAAACCCGAUGAGCAAAGAGCCUGUGAAUCUGGCCCGUGUCCCCAAUGGGCUUAUGGUAGCUGGGGAGAGUGUACCAAGCCGUGUGGUGGGGGCAUGCGGACAAGGCUGGUGGUCUGUCAGCGGGCCAACGGUGACCGGUUCCCAGAUUUGAGCUGUGAAGUCCUCGACAAACCUCCGGACCGUGAGCAGUGCAACACGCACUCUUGCCCACGAGACGCCGCGUGGAGUACUGGCCCUUGGAGCUCGUGUUCUGUCUCUUGUGGUCGAGGGCAAAAACAACGAAAUGUUUACUGCUUGGCAAAAGAUGGAAGCCAUUUAGAGAGUGAUUACUGUAAGCACCUUACUAAGCCACAUGGGCACAGAAGGUGCCGAGGAGGACGGUGCCCCAGAUGGAAGGCUGGCGCAUGGAGUCAGUGCUCUGUGUCCUGUGGCCAAGGAGUGCAGCAGAGGCAUGUGGGCUGUCAGAUCGGGACACACCAAACAGCCCGAGAGACUGAAUGCAGCCUAUACAGCAGACCAGAGUCGGAGCGUGUCUGCCAAGCCUCACCAUGUCCUCUCUACACUUGGAGGGCAGAGCGAUGGCAAGAAUGCACCAAGACCUGCGGUGAAGGCUCCCGUUACCGACAGGUGGUGUGUGUAGCUGAGGACCAAAGUGAGGUGCACAGCGCGCACUGUGACUCAGAGCAGCGGCCUCCAGACCGUGAGAGCUGCAGCCUGCAGCCCUGCGAGUAUGUGUGGAUCACAGGAGAGUGGUCUGAGUGCUCAGUGAGCUGUGGAAAAGGCUACAGGCAAAGGCUGGUCUCCUGCAGUGAGAUUUAUACCGGGAAGGAGAAUUACGAAUACAGCUACCAAACCACGGUGAACUGCCCAGGCACCCAGCCGCCCAGCGUCCAUCCCUGCUACCUGAGGGACUGUCCUGUCUCAGCCACCUGGAGAGUUGGCAACUGGGGGAGUUGCUCAGUGUCCUGUGGCGUGGGAGUCAUGCAUCGAUCUGUUCAGUGUUUAACCAACGAAGACCAACCCAGCCACCUAUGCCCCACCGAUCUAAAGCCGGAAGAACGAAAACCCUGUCGCAACAUUUAUAACUGCGAGUUACCCCAGAACUGCAAGGAGGUAAAAAGACUCAACAGUGCCAGUGGAGAUGGUGAAUAUUUCCUGACGGUGAGAGGGAAGCCGCUAAAGGUAUUCUGUGCAGGGAUGCAUUCUGACUAUCCCAAGGAGUAUGUGACGCUGGCCCACGGUGACUCAGAGAAUUUCUCCGAAGUCUACGGGCACAGGUUGCACAACCCCACAGAGUGUCCCUAUAACGGGAGCCGACGAGAUGACUGCCAUUGCAGGAAAGAUUACACGGCUGCUGGCUUUUCCAGUUUCCAGAAAAUCCGAAUCGACCUGGCCAGCAUGCAGAUUAUAACCACUGACUUAGAGUUUGCAAGGACAAGUGAAGGACAUCCUGUUCCUUUUGCCACUGCUGGAGACUGCUACAGUGCUGCCAAAUGCCCACAGGGGCGUUUUAGCAUCAACCUGUAUGGGACCGGCCUGUCUUUAACCGAGUCUGCAAGAUGGACUUCGCAAGGGAAUUACGCCGUUUCGGACAUCAAGAAGUCUCCGAUCACCUCCUAUCUCUAAGACUCAAGGGUCAUCGCAGAGGAGAAAGUGGAAACAUUGUAAGAAUGGCAAGGUGUGGACAUCUGCUCUCAAAUGUCCCAGUCUCUACAGAAGAAACCAGAAAUAUACGUCUCUAGGGUUUCUGGGGUGAUGUCAUACUCCUAGUCAGUAACUACAGUUUAAAAUCUCUGACCUAAUUUAAGCAACCUGCUUUGCACAUUUACACCUUUAAUGGAUCUAUGUGAGCAGCUUUUCAUGGGGCACGCUGGGAAUUACGUGACAUUCCACUCCCAGUCAAUAGCCCCCCUUCCCUGCCCCCCAUGAAAGCCCCCCUUCUCCAAGCCUGCUUGGGAAUAAAACAUUACCCGUGAACAAAAACUAAAAGAAAAUCCCAGUGAUGCUAAUCCUGGCUCUCUAGAGCCACUGGAAGCCAGCGAUGUCACCUCUCUCGAGGGACAAAGUUCCUUUGUCUCCUGUGUGCAGUGGAGAAAACCCUGACACCUGUCUUUACCUAAGACAAGUCAUGGCUGUCAUUCGAAUGCAGGGCUUCCCUCUUGUACUUUGAAGGCCCUCAAGAGAUGCCUGAGCUCUCAGGUGAUACCAGGCUGUAACUACACUGCCUUUCCUCCAUGUGCUCAUUCCCAUGACGGCCUCGCUUACAGUAAGGGCUUGACAACAACCUCUAAUAAAAUCAAAGCAGCUACAGCAGUCUGCUAUAGAGAUGUGUGAACAUGUGCUCUAAAGACACCCUGCGCUCUACCCACCUUGUGAUGAUGUCACACGUGACGCCUAUGUGGUGAAGUGAAUGUGCCAGCGCCGUGGGGUCGUGCUGGGCUAUGUCAGAUACACUGUGAUAGCAUGGCAAUUGGCGUGACAGCAGGGAUGUUCCGUGUGACUAAGAAGCAGGGGAAUGUAUGCCAUGGGCACACGGGACAAAUAAAUGUGUCCUGUACCAAGCACGAUAGUGAGAGAUUUCAUCAUAUUCAGAGUGUCAUGUAUGUUAAGACUUAGGAAUGUUUUUGGUUUUGUUUUUCUGGAAAUUUCAAUGUGAUGUGUUCAAGCCACCGUUGACUGCAGAUAAAAGAAACUGUGCAAAAUGAAACCCUGAUAAUGUGCAGAGCUUCCAGAACUGCUUGUUGUUGGGACACUCACACAUUGACUGUGGGUCUGUCCCAGCUUAAGUGAGAAUGAGGGCCAUUUGGAGGGGUGUGGGGAGUCAGAUUGAAGAUGUAGGCAAAGAGGUACAUGCCUGCUAAACCUCCAUGAUAGGCUUUGCCUAUCCUGCAGCAGUGGGGCCAUUGGCUCUGUGGUGAAGGCCCUCCAUAACGCUGAGGAGGGGCCUCCUCCAUACGCAGAGCGUGGGUGAGCAGCAACGUUGCCACCUCGGGCUUCUGUGACAUCAGAGCACGCAGCAGGAGCAUAAGCAACAGCAGUUGCGUCUGUGGCGUCUUCGCAGCCUACUGGUGUGCUGUUAAUUUGCAGAAGCUGACUGAGGCUGCCUGCUGGGGGUAAACGGAUGGAACCUAGGGCAGCUGCCACAGCCCACAGGGAAUGAAGGUUUGAAGGGUCUGAUGAGUUCCUACUGUCUCGGCUUAGACACCCGUGUGAGCGCUCAGUGAAUGGAAAAGCAGGACCAUGACCCGGAGGUGAGGAAUGAUGGGAAAUGUCCGAGUUCUGAGCCCAGGUGCCAGAACAUUCUGGUGCCUUCUACUGGAAAUGUGCUCAGGGCAGGGAGGGGCCCUUCAGCCCUGUUCAGAGUUCUGCUGUGGUCCCGCUGACAUGCUCAGGACUGCCUGCCUGGUGCUCUUCCAGGGAAAAUGGAUGUCCAAGGUCAGGCAGCUCGAAGGCAGCCCACUUCUGCUGGUUGGGGCUGGUGCUCAGGGUGCCCUCUGCACUCCUGUGUGCUCCGGGGAUUUUAGGACACAGGGGGUCUUCUCUCUGGGUCUGCAGUCUUGCAGGGGUCCUUUGUGCUGUGGAAAGAGCUGAAAAUAGCUGCUUUAGGAAGUAAUAAAAUUUCUAUUAUGUUGGAACACACACAGCCCUUUCUUACCUCUGAAUUCUUUUUACAACUGAGUUAAGAAAUGAACACACACGUUUGCACACGUGUGUACGCAAUGUAGUAGAAGCUCACAUGUGUGCAUGGACUGCCCUCCAACUUGUGAAAACCCACUGUUUCGCCAGGUGCCCAAACCAUCACACAGACCUACAAAGCAGAACUCCCUAGAUUCACGUUUUCUUUGCGUGGACACUCUAGUCAACCAGACAGGGUUUAUGCGUCUCUCUAUGCACACACUUGUCUGAGGACUGCAUUGGGGGGAAAUUAUAUGUUCUGUGUACUGUAAGAAGUAUCAGAAAAAAACCCUCAAAUUUGCAUGUCAUCUUAACCCUAACAUUUCAAGUCCUAAAACUAUGUCUCUCAUUGUUCAUUAUCUCUAUGGAAUUUUUUUUUUAACAAAUUUACACUUGCAUCCCCUUCCGCUAAAGACAGGCAAAUGAACAUACUUCCGUCAAAGAUAGGCCUCUCCCUAAAUCACAGCUUCCCUGAAUCCUUUCCACUGAGAAAAAUUAAAGACUUUAAUUUAAAAAAUUAAAGUUACGGUGGGGCUAAGAGGAGACAAGUGAGCAGGGAUACAAAGUGAAUAAAUUGUAAUAAAUAAAUUUAAGCAAUUAAAGUUAAAACUGGGGAAACAAGCACGAGUCACUCAAUUUACAUGCAGUAGUUGGAGAUAUUAUUAACAAAAUAUUUACUUAAAAGAGAAGUCAACUGUAAUAAAAAAAUAAAAACCCGAAUCUCAUUGCUUGUCAGUGAAGACUUCUGUCCGGUUCCUUUUUUUCUGAAAGAAGCUGUCUCCAUGGCAGCCAUGUUUUUCUUACUGUGCAGUUUGGUUUUGCUUUCCAAUCUGGCAGUGGUCAGCACGCUGCCAUACUGGGACCUCCUUCCGCAUCGUCUGAGGGCAGUGUUGUCACAGGCAGUAAAGGGUUAGCACCACCUUUAUCUGUUUCGCCUAAAUCACCAGAGUCUCAGUGAAGGAGAUAGUGUGACGGCUGUAAAGCCAGGAUCAACCUUAUUUUGUUUUCAUUGUAUGACUGCCCAGGCAUUUCUCACUUGAUGAAGACAGGCUAUGAUUGAUGGAGGUCCUCAAAGAAUGACUUUGUAAGGGCGGAGAGGUAUAGUGACCAAAGUGCUGAGUUCAAUUCCCAGAAUCCACAUAAAGUGGCUGGCUGGGCGUGGUAGCACACACAGUCCCACUGCUUAGAUGGGCAAUGCUGGGCCUCAUUGACCAGCCAGUCUAGCCUAUCUGGUGAAUGCCGGGCCAGUAAAAAAUCCUGUUUUGGGCAGUACGGAAUGACGCUGGAGGCUGACCCCAGGUUCCACACAUACACACAAACCAUGUUUGCAUUUCCCUACGCACACAGAUGCCUUCAUGAUGAUAGCUAAUACUUGUUAAGCACCUAGAUUAGGCCGAAUCCUAUGCCAGGUGGCUAAUGUGCAUUCUUUUCCUACAGCAAAGUAUGACGAGAGACUUUGCCCAUUUCACAGAGGCUCUGGGAGCCCAAGCCCCCCUGGGUGUGUUAAAGCCAAUCCAAAACUCAGCAACAGAAAUGCAUCAGAAAGUGGCUGCGUAGGCCGCAGGCCUGUGUAGCAGGGCCUCUGCUCUGCUGGACGAGGAGAGGUCGAGCCUGGUUUAGCAUUGAUGGUGCUGAAGAUGGUCCAGGCAUGUCAGCACCCAGACACCUGACAGCCCUCUGCCUAUGACCCGUGUUCUGCUUACAGUUCCUGACUGUCCUGCCCCUCUCAGCACUCAGGAGCCAGGACCUUAUAGCUGAUAGGAAUCAUUUCCUGUAUCAGUCACACUCAUAAUCAAAUGCAUGGACAAUUUAAAAAUGGAGAAAACCUUUUGUUCUCCUCUUUUGUUGUCAAAUAGGCACUGUUUUGGGUUUUUUUGUUUUGUUUUGAUUCUCUCUUUCUUGAACUCCUCCUUCCCUCCCUAAAAACAAAACAAAACUGAAGGUACCCACUGUUUGCAAGAGAUGUCACAAAUGGACCAUAGGAACCUGGUCGUCAUGACCCCUGACUUAGUUGUGGAGACGGAGCACAAAGAUGAGGUGCAGGUGCGCUCACUUCCCGUCAUGGAGAAGGUUCGGUCUGCUCACAGAGGCUGAGGGACACGGUCAGUACAGAGAGUGGAGUUUAUUGCGCUCUGUUUCAGUAGGGGAUGUCUCCAAAGUGAAAAAGCGUCAGGGAAACCAAUCAUUCAUCUCACUAUUUAAUAAACCUGUGAUUCAGAUCGCUAUUAGCCUUACACAGUCCUUGCUCCUACAUGCUUCCAAGUUUAGCAAGACGUCACUCUUACAUCAAGGGACUUACAUUCUAACAUGAAAAGAAGUGUUAAAGAGCAUUGUCCAGUCGAGGGUGCUUGUAGCAGAUAACUGGUCCAAAACCACGUCCCAGAGAAAGCUGACCAGGAAGUUUGCCAGGCUGGUUGGGACACUCAGGAAAGACCAAAAAGAGCAUUUCAGCCAACAGAGAAUGGCAGGUGCAAAUGUCCUGUGGAGCAAAAGUCACGUCAUGUCAGAGAUGCAAUUCAAAGAAAUGCACCAACUGUGUGGGGAUUAGGCCAGGGAUCAGCAACCGUGUUCAGUGAAGGGCCUAGAAAAGAUUUGAGGCUU